GUAAAACGCAUUAGCGUGUGGGCACGGGUCAUUGACCAAGGCUGUUAUCAGGCAGACAGUCGGCUAGCACGUGUCCGUCCCCUGCCCACCUACCCACCUACCCACCGUGUAGUGGAUGCCAUGGCAGCUUGGCGACUGCGCGAGCGGGUGUCAGGCCUCGAGACACGUUUGGGGUUCGGCUUGUGUAUAAAGACACUCCCCUGACUUCACCUGUACACAUUAAGAGACGAUGCGCCUCAAGACAGGUGUUCUCUCGCCGCUUAGCGAAUAAAGUAGGUAUUUUAUUCGGCAGUCCUUCCGCAGCGUGUGUUUUAUCAGUAUAACCAGACACAAGAGUAUCGUGGUCAUCCUAAAGUGGUCUUAUCUCGAAUUACUCUCCCCUAUUCUGUCAGUCGGCCUGCACUCUCUUACCUCCGAUAAAUCCGGAAUCACCAACUUCGCGAAAGUCGGUGGCAGCAGUCAAAGAGAGACUCGUGUUGUGACUCUGCAGAAUGUUCGGCUGAAGGUUUUACCAGUCAGCGACAAUCAAAACAUCCGACGGAUAUAUUAUCCGUUCAGAAAACGGACUUUCUAUAUUUGAAACACCUGUUUGUUCUACGAACAUCGUCAACAGAAGACAAUGAAUACCACUACUGUGGAGUCCAACUACACUUCAACGCCCUCCAGCGAGAUGGACAGCCAGCUGUACGACCACCUAUCCGGCCAGCUGGAGCAACUAAUGUCCAACGUCGACCAGUUUUAUUUACUGGUCAAUGGCAUGCUUGUUUACAUAAUGCAAUGUGGCUUUGCGUUUCUUGAGGCGGGGUCAGUGAGGAGCAAGAACACUACCAACAUCCUGAUAAAGAAUCUGAUAGAUUCAUUUGUGGCAGGUAUAGCCUACUGGCUUUUCGGCUAUGCAUUUGCCUUUGGUGAGGGAAACAAGUUCAUCGGCUACGAGAGAGGGUACUUCGCCCUGUCCGACCCGCCUGACGUCAAGUACGCAGAGUUCUUUUUCCAGUAUUGCUUUGCAGCCACCGCCGCCACCAUUGUGUCUGGAGCUGUGGCAGAGCGCUGUGAAUUUUUGGCUUUCUUUGUCUACAGCUUUUUUAUGACAGGGUUCAUCUACCCUGUCGUGACCCACUGGGCAUGGAGCUCUGGCGGUUGGCUGAAGUUAGGACAGGAUUAUAUCAUCGAUGGAAAAAGCGUUACAGUUGGUUUCCAGGAUUUCGCUGGCAGCGGCGUGGUGCACGUGGUGGGUGGAGCCUCAUCCAUCAUCGGCGCCAUUCAUGGACCUCGCAUCGGGCGCUUUCACUCCGAGACCAAGACGGUGCUUGGCCUGCGCGGUCAUUCUGUGCCGCUGGCAGCCCUGGGAGGCUUCAUUCUUUGCUUUGGUUUCCUGGCCUUCAACGGCGGCUCGCAACUGAACAUCAGCGGCCAAGGCAGCGGCGCCAGCGCCAGCAUCGCUGUGGUGAACACCAUCAUUUCCGCCUCCGCCUCCGCCUCCUUCACCCUCAUCCUGGGGAGGACGGGGGUGUUCGGCAACUCCACCUGGAGUCUCCUCGUUACCCUCAAUGGUGCCCUUGCCGGCAUGGUGGCGAUCUGUGCCGGGUGUGACAAGUACUAUCCAUGGGGGGCAGCAGUGGUGGGUUUUGUGGCCGCCAUUUCCUACAAGUUCCUCUCCUGGCUGGUGGUCAAACUAUACGUGGACGACCCUCUGGACGCAAUUGCGGUACACUUUGGAGGAGGUGCAUGGGGGCUCAUUGCUGUGGCCUUUCUGGACAAAGAUACUGGUAUCUUCCUCCACUGGGACAAAGUCUCCGGGCUGAAGCUGGCCUGGCAACUGGUGGGGCUGUGCGCCAUCGCAGCUUGGAGUGGUUUACUGUGUUUUCUCAUCUUCAUUGUCUUGAAGUUGACAGGCUACCUCAGGGUGUCCGAGGAAAUGGAACGAAAAGGUCUUGACAUACCAAAACAUGGCGAGCCAUCUUACCCUCUGGAAUCUUACGGUCAUGGACACAUUGAGACUAUUAUUCGUAUUUUGGAGUCAGGGCAAUUGGAGCACUUCUUGCAAGGGGGAACUUUUUCAGUACAAAUUCCAGGCAAAAAACGUAACGGGCAGAUAAAUGAAGGUUUUGUGAGAAGUGAGUCAUUCCAGCCAAACGGCAAUCAACUUGGCUUUGAAACACCAGAAGUGGAUGCUCUGACCAACAGAAACCGCCAUUUCAACCAAGAAGAAAACACAGCUCUUUGAGGUGAAGGACACAGUGGCUUGCAGAUAUGCGAGUAGGAGAACAGUGUAUCAGCGUCGUGUCCAUCUUGUGUACAUACGAAGUAGAUGUACGUGACACAGCAGUACGCCGUUUCUCAUCUGUUUCUAUGUACAUGGUCUUCAGCUUCACCCCUACUUGUCUUCUGUUUGUGUGGACCGUCAAUGCACGAGCAGCAUGUCCCAGCAGUGUCCGUCAGCUGACGCCCAGUUCAACGUUACAGAUGUGCGGGCUCAGUACUGACUUUUCUGUGCUGUCUGUGUCUGUGUCUCACGAAAUCCCUUUACGGUGCACUUAACACAUUUAAACCAGAAUGUGAGAACAGGGGAAAUUAAGUGACCAACCUAGUAGAAAAACAGUCAACAUACUUUUUGGAAAUGUAAAUAUGUCCAAGAUUUCUGGCAAAACUUUCAAAAUUAUGUGUCGAACAAAUGUGGGAUUAUGACAAGGAUGAUUUUAAGUGAACAAGUUUUAUUUGGAUGCAGUAUAACUUAAAGACAGAUGCCGUACUGGAUUUAAUCUUACUGCUUGCUAAAUCAUGCAUAUACUCUUGCAAAAAAAA